AUGUUUGAAGAUACAUUCUCCCCAGAUGCACCUCCAACCGCGGAUGAACUCGUCAAGGCCUCAGCGAUUGACCUAGAUGUCGAGGACGGGUCAACAGUCCCUUUCGGCAGCCUCAUCUCCGACUCGGGAAAGACUGUCGUCGUCUUCGUCCGGCAUUUCCACUGUUCUAUGUGUCAAGAUUAUGUCACCCAGCUAGGAAGCAUACGAGAGGAAGCACUCGAUGCUGCCAACGUGAGCCUUAUCGUCAUAGGGUGCGGGGACCGGAGUGUGAUUCCCGAAUACCGAGAAAGGACAGAGUACAGAUAUCCUAUAUACGCCAAUCCUAGAAAAGAGCUCUACGUCGCCCUGGGCAUGACGAGACGCACCUUCCAUGCUGCCCCUCCGGGUGAGGCACCUAAGAGCUACAUACGCGCCGGGAAAUGGGCGUACGCGAUCCGCGGGAUAAUGAAGGGACCUCUCAGCCAUCCCGUCUCGUAUAUCAAAGCAGGAGAUAACCAGCAGCUAGGAGGAGAGAUCAUCUUCGAGCCUGGACCCCAAUGUACAUUUGUGGCACGAAUGAAGCAUACUGCAGACCAUACCGAAGUGAAGGAUCUCAUGGAAAAGGCUGGCGUCGAAUACCCGUAA